AAGAACUUUGAUUGGACAAAAUAAUGGUGAUGAAUUCUCUUGCUAACAGCAAACUACGUUCUCCAUCCUUUUAGAUUUGUUUACAGUUUCUAGAACGAAAUUGUCAAAGCGUCUGGUAGCUGUAAAAAGAAAGAAAGAAAAAGAAUUUAUUUAUUCACCUGUUCAUACGCUUGUCAAGUAAUUUACUGCGAAAAGAUAUUUCUUCAUUUAAAAUGGAUAUAACUGAAAUGAAUAAUGAGUUCAUCCUUUUGCGACACGCAGUUCGUCAGGCGCGUGUUUGUAUCGUGAAUAAACUCAUUAAGGAAGCUAAACUCUUGCGGGAUAGACAUGGAAAUGAGACUCAACGGGAGAAGUGUAGAAGAAAAGCUGACAAGCUGAUCGAAGAAGUUUAUGCACUGAAGAGGAUUAAAGACGACGAAAUUUCGAAAUUUGGUAUCUUAGAUGAGAGAGAUCUGAUAAAAAUAUUACAAGAUCAGUCGUUGAGUAGUAGCGUGCGCGUUAUCGCGAGGAUCGCUCAUUAUCAAAUUCUGAGGAGAAGACUAACGCAGUUUAAGGAGAGAUUCCCAGAUUGUAAGAAGCAUUUCGCAGACAAAAAGAAGAAAAAGACUACAAAAAACAAGGAUACCACAAAAACUAGAAAAUCUAAAGAGGAUAAUUUUAAAAAUAAAAGUUCGAGGAAACGAAAGCUUGACUCUGAUGAAGACAGAGAACAAUCCCAUAACUCUAAAGAUGAGGAAGCUUGUGAUAAUGAAUUAUCUGAAGCAAAGAGUAGCUCACGCAAGCGUAAAAAAACAUUGGACGAAGAUUGUACAUCCUUAGAAAAACAAAAAUUAAUAAAACAGGAGAAAGAUACUACGUCGGAGAUUACAGAUAAGCAAUCAAGUGUAAUUAAACCAUCUGGUGUUACAAAAGAGGCCACAGUGAAGAGAUUCGCCGAGUUACUGGAAGAGGAAAAAUCUAAUCAAGAUGCACAGCCUGUUGAAAAUCAAAAUUCGACAGGUACAGAGACUGAACAGGCAAAAAUAGUUGACGAUUUCUUCAUUACGGGGAAUGAUCAAUCUUACGAAGGAAACAGCGCCUCGACAUCGUAUACAAGAUCUCACAGACAUAAUACGCGAGCUAAAGCUUUCCAUUUGAAUGAUCGAAAUAAAAAACCAAGUGCAAAUUGCAAAACUGAUACGAGCUUCAAUGAAAAAUAUCAGGGUAAACCAUCUUUCUCUAUGAAAUCCAAGAAAAUGACAUCCAACAAGAUUAAUAAAAGGGCAAAUAAAAGUAACGCAAGUGAGAAUGUGACUGUUGAUAAAAAAGAUGAGAAUACUAGUUUACAUCCUUCUUGGCUAGCUAAGAAAAAGCAGCAGGAUAUCAUGAGCCAAGGAUUUCAAGGCAAGAAGAUUGUAUUUACGGAUGAUUAAGCGUAGUCGUUUACUAUAACAAAGAGCUUACAAAUUAAUCAAGGACUUUUUGUAAAAUGCAUUUGUCAACUUAUGAUACAUUGUCUUAACAAAAAUGUUUACAUAUGUACAUUUAUCUUCAAGUGUAAUAUACAUUUAUUUUUAAUGUAAAUAAUAUUCCAACGUAAUAUGUUAUGUCUUCUUUUCUAAAUGAUUUAUGUAAUUCUGUUCAAUAAAAUGCAUUUAAACGUUUUUUUUCGCACGUAAA